UAAACCUUUGCCCCCUUCAAAUCUCUUCACGUUCAAAAACUCUUUAUUCUCUUCCUAUAAACCCUCCACGUUCAAAAACCAAUCCUAUCAUCAUGGCUUCGAAGUUCUCCAUCAACAAGUUUCUUCUUAUCAGCAAGCGAUCGUAUGCGGUAGCCGUAGAGAAUGUGAGAGUUGUGCAGCCACCAGCAGCGUCUACAGUAACGAGGAAGAUGGAGGACGUUUCAUGUAUGGAGAAGAAGGAAGUGUUCUGGAUGAGAGAUCCAAAGACUGGUAACUGGAUUCCUGAGACUCACUUUAACCAGACUGAUGUUGCAGAGUUACGAGACAAGUUUCUUCCUCACAAAAAUUGUCAACAAGCUUAGAACUACUAGAUGGAUAUACGGACUCUCACUUUUAGUUUUCUGUAAUCGAAUCAAUCAAACAUAUUAAUAAAAUAAAUUUUCUGGUUUCA